AUGAGUCCCUUAGUGAGUCCCUUAGUGAUCCUCCUAGUGAUUCUCCUAGUGAUUCUCAUAGUGGUCUUCCUAGUGAUUCUCCUAGAUUCUCCUAGUGAUUCUCCUAGUGAUCCUCAUAGUGAUUCUCCUAGUGAUUCCUCCCCUAGUGAGUCCCUUAGUGAGUCCCUUAGUGAUUCUCCUAGUGAUCCUCCUAGUGAUCCUCCUAGUGAUUCUCCUAGUGAUCCUCCUAUUGAUCCUCCUAGUGAUCCUCCUAGUGAUUCUCCUAGUGAUUCUCCUAGUGGUCUUCCUAAUUCUCCUAGUGAUUCUCCUAGUGAUUCCUCCCCUAGUGAGUCCCUUAGUGAGUCCCUUAGUGAUCCUCCUAGUGAUUCUCAUAGUGAUCCUCAUAGUGAUUCUCCUAGUGAUCCUCCUAGUGAUUCUCCUAGUGAUCCUCCUAAUUCUCCUAGUGAUUCCUCCCCUAGUGAGUCCCUUAGUGAUCCUCCUAGUGAUCCUCCUAGUGAUUCUCAUAGUGAUCCUCAUAGUGAUUCUCCUAGUGAUCCUCCUAGUGAUUCUCCUAGCGAUCCUCCUAGUGAUCCUCCUAGUGAUCCUCCUAGUGAUCCUCCUAGUGAUCCUCCUAGUGAUCCUCCUAGUGAUCCUCCUAGUGAUCCUCCUAGUGAUCCUCCUAUGGUCUUCCUAGUGAUUCUCCUAGUGAUCCUCAUAGUGAUUUUCCUAGUGAUUCUCCUAGAUUCUCCUAGUGAUUCUCCUAGUGAUCCUCAUAGUGAUUCUCCUAGUGAUUCCUCUCCUAGUGAUCCUCAUAGUGAUUCUCCUAGUGAUUCCUCCCCUAGUGAGUCCGAUUCUCCUAGUGAUUCUCAUAGUGAUUCUCCUAGUGAUUCUCCUAGUGAUUCUCCUAGUGAUUCUUCUAGAUUCUCCUAG